AAUAUACCCCUGAAGUAACUCUACACAGGGUCAUUGCCUUACAACGUAGCAGGGAGCUCAACAAUCCAUGCGCAAGAGAACACGUGCUUCCGGAAUAUUCAUUCCCAUUUUCAGACAAGACAACAUGGGAAAAGGCAACGUUGUGACCAGAUAAGUCCAUAAUGGGUUUGACCAAGCAGUAUCUAAGAUAUCAACAUAGUGCUGUAUUUGGUAUUGUGGGAAGUCAGAAGUCUAACAUUGUAUUUCUUGACAUCCGAGGAACUAGAGGAAAGUAUUGUGCAGUGGGAGCCUGUGAGAAUGUCCUUAUUUGGGAUCUACGCACAGGAGAGAAGUUCAACGACCUUAAAGGAGACAAACAUGAAGUAACGGUUAUAUGCCGCUGUCCGGACAAGCGCCAUCUGGCUGUAGGGUACGAUGAUGGAACAGUUCGUGUGUUUGACCUGACGUCUGGUGACCUCCUCAUCACAUUCAGUGGCCAUAAGUCGGCCGUUACAGCGCUGCGAUAUGAUCGACAGGGUCUGCGACUUGUGUCAGGGGCCAGGGAUACUGAUGUAAUUGUAUGGGACAUCGUCAAUGAGUCUGGCUUGUUCAGAUUGAGAGGUCACAAAGGGCAGAUAACCCAAGUUUGCUUCCUGAAAGAAAAUAAUGUGCUGGUAACAAGUUCCAAAGACACAUUUAUCAAGUUUUGGGAUCUUGACACCCAGCAUUGCUUCAAGACACUAGUUGGACAUCGCAGUGAGGUGUACGACUUUGUUCUGUUGAAAAAUGACCAUCGUCUGGUGACAGGAUCCUCCGACAGCGAGCUGAGGGUCUGGGACAUCACUUAUAAAGGGCAGGAAGUUGCAGAUGCUGCUGAGAGUCCGGAGAAGAAGCUGAAGCUAGAUACAAGUGAAGAUGAAGAGGAAGAAGAAGAAAGUGAACUGAACAUCCUCAAGUGCACCAAAGUUGGAUCUGUCAUGAGAUUGGGCCGAGACAGAGUGGUAUCCAUGGUAACAGAUGAAUUAGAAAGUAUACUCGUCUGUCAUGGCAAUGCUGCAAAUGUGGACGUGUUUGCCCUGCCAUCUGAGGAGAAGCUCAAGAAACACCUCGCCAAGAGGGAAAAGAAAGCCAAAAGAAAACUGAAGGAGGAGGAGGGAGAGGGAGAGGUCACUGUGGAGAUCAAGCUGAUGGAUGAGAUCAAGAGAAUGACUGCAGUCAAGAUGGCCGCCAAAGUGAGGGCGCUUGACCUCCUGGAGGAGCAGGAAGGGGAGUCAGUGAAGUGUGUGUGCCUGCUCAACAACAACUCCAUACAGACGUCGGCCAUACACGUUGACAACAAGAAGGCGGAGUUGUCUGAUGUGAAAACGCUCGGCCUCCCGGCUCACCGAACCACACCACGGACCACAUGCUUCAGCUCCGACAACCUGGCCAUACUGUCUGCCAGCAGCGAGUCCAUCAAGAUCUGGAACAGGGACUCACUGCAGCCUAUCCGCACCAUGCCGUGUGAGUACGCCAUCACCUCCAUGUUUGCCCCGGGGGACAGACACGUCAUAAUCGGCACCAAGAGUGGGAAGCUGCAGAUAUUUGAUGUGGCGUCAGGAUCCCUGCUGGAAGACAUUGAGGCUCACUCCGGUCCCCUGUGGUCAGUCUCCAUGGCCCCAGACAAGAGAGGCAUAAUGACUGGCAGCGCUGAUCACAACAUCAAGUUCUGGAACUUUGAGCUCAUUAAAGAUGAAGAACAUUCCUCAACCAGCAAACGUCUUACCCUGGAGCACAAGAAGACACUGAAGAUGGACGAAGAUGUGCUGUGUGUCAAGUACAGUCCUGACCAGAAGUUUGUGGCAGCCUCGUUGAUGGACAACACGGUCAAGGUGUUCUUUUCCGACACACUGAAGUUCUUCCUGUCGAUGUAUGGCCACAAGCUCCCAGUGUUGUGUAUGGACAUAUCGUCUGACAGCACGCUGCUGGUCACUGGAUCUGCCGACAGGAAUGUCAAGAUCUGGGGAAUGGACUUUGGAGACUGUCACAAGUCUAUAUUUGCCCAUGACGACAGCAUCAUGUGUAUACAGUUCGUGCCCCGGACUCACCUGUUCUUCAGUGGCGGCAAGGACAGGAAGCUCAAACAGUGGGAUGCAGACAACUUCGAGCUCGUCUCAACACUCCAGGGUCACCAUGGAGAGGUGUUCAGUCUGACUGUCAGCUCCAGUGCUAACUUUGUGGUGUCGGGCUCCCAGGACCGGUCCCUGCGUCUGUGGGAGAAGACACAGGAGGUGCUGGUGCUGGAGGACGAGAGGGAGAUGGAACGUGAGCAGGAGUUUGAAGAGGCGAUAUCUAAUGAAAUGGAGGUAGUGGUACCAGGGGAGACAACCACUGAGGUCGCUCUGGCUGGGAAGAAAACGGUGGAAACUGUUAAGGCGGCUGAGCGGCUGAUGGAGGCCAUCGAGGUGUACAGGGAGGAGAGCGCCAACAUCCAGCUGCACAAGGCCGAGUGUCAGAAGACGGGCAAGGAGCUGGCUCCUCCCCAACUGAACCCACUCAUCCUGGCGUAUGGAGUUACCUCCCCUACACGCUACCUGCUGGAGGUCAUCAAGAGGAUAAAAUCAAGUGAGCUGGAGGAGGCGCUGUUGGUGCUGCCGUUCGGCUACGUGAUGGACCUGCUGAAGGUGCUGGACAUCUUCCUCCAGGCCGGAUGGGAGCCGGAGCUCUCCUGCCGAUGCCUCCUCUUCCUCCUCAGAGUACACCAUGGUCAGAUUACCUCGAGCCAGGCGCUGCUGCCGGUCAUAGACAGACUCAGGACAUGCACUCUCACACAGGUCACACAGCUCAGGGACCAGAUUGGGUUCAACUUGGCCGGGCUACAGUUCCUGCAGGGUCAGAUCGAGAGGACAGACGAGGUCAUGUUCUUCAAGGAUGCCACAGACCGACUCCGAGAGAAGAAGAGGAAGAGGAAAAAGAAAGUCAUACUUGCGAUCAAAACAUGACAUUGUAUAUUUACUGAAAUAAAUUGUUUUAUUAUGAA